AUGCUGCGUUGUUGUACCCUACCAAUUGUUCAUCCGGACUUGAAAUCUGUUCCAAUCCGCUGUGCUGCUUUGGAGGACUUGUCCAUCAAAUCCUCCUUUGAAAACACAGCAGCAGAUGGGCGAGUGCUGUAUGACAGCAUCUGUUUGUGCGAGCGACUUGUAACUCUGGCUUGUCCACCACUCGAUUGGACAACAUGGGAAUACCUUUCAAACCUCCCUACUCUUCUUACGCUGGAGAUCUGGGACGACCGUUGUUCAUUGGGGCCGCGUAAUCUCAAUUUAGCACCUUUCCUCAAUGUCACGAGACUGUAUUUCUUUACCAGGAGAGCCGCAUACACCAUCGCAGUUAUGCAACACCUAGAAUUCCCUUCGCUAAAUCAAUUCGAGAUGGAUGUCUUUAAUUUGCCUUGGGCAGAUAUUGAGCCGCUCUUUCAUGCACUGUCACAGCACAAAACCCUUUCACGCAUCGCCAUCUCCUCUGAACGUGGUGAUCGAGAACCUCAGGACCUCUUGGGCAGCUCCUCAACGCCAAUCAGACAAUCCCUUUGUUUCACGCAAUUGCGAACCCUGCACCUCAAAUUUCCUUAUUGCUCCAUAAACCUUGACGACGACCUACUUUUGGAAGCCAUGUCGAGUUGACCGCACAUCCGAAUGCUGCAAUUCAUUGAUCCACGGGCGAUACCUACUGUUACAUUCCACGGAUUAUUUACAGCGCUCCGCCGAU